GAGUCUCUCUCUCUCUCUCUCUCUCUGUCUCUCAGUGCUGGCUGCUCAGCAGCUUUCUGCCUGUCAGGCACAGGGAGUUAACACUGUUUGAUCCACAACUUUCACGAGUGCACUUAAUUAGCAACUCAGUCAGACGCUUGGUCCGCAGCUGAAAUUCUCUGCGAUUUUUCUCUCAAGGAUCGCAGAUCGGAUGUGAAGGCUCUGAUGGCGAAGUUUGGCAACAAGCCUGUGGAGGAGACAUCCUCCUUAGGCCCUCGGCCUGCCAGGUUCACUCCUCACGUCUCAUCCCAAGGGAACUCUGUGGCCAGCAGGGCCGCUGGGUUUGAAAGUGCUGCUGCUCCCAAGUUCCCGGCGCUCAAAUCGACAGGCUCCUUCAGCGAGAAAUCCAGCCAAGCCCCACCCAAACCAUUCCAGGACAAGACAGCUUUUCCCAGGCCAUCAGCUGUGAAAGCUCAGUUUGAAGGGCUCAACAAGGAAGGCAAUGAUAGCAAACCUCUGUUUCCGAAGUCCAGUCUGGGGGCUAAACCUUCCCUGAACACCUUCAAUGCUCAGAAAGCUGAGAAAGCUGAGAAAGAUGAGAAGCCUCCUUUCCCAAAGUCUCAGGUCGGACUGAGGCCUACACUGGACUCGACUGAUUCGCCAAAGGAAAAUGAAGCUCAGCCAACCUUUCCCAAACCGUCUCCGUUUUCCAAGCCAUUGAAUCCAGUGACAUCCCAUGAAUCCAAGCCUGUUUUCCCCAAAUCCCAGUUCCCAAAGCCCCCACCCAGUCACUCAGGCAACGCGGCUGAAGACAAGCCCCCAAAGCCUGCAUUCUCCAAACCUCCGACAGGGCUGAAACACUGGAAUGAAGUUAGCAGCACGCCGAAAGAAAACAAGGACGACAUUGGAAAAGAGGACACUGUGACUGGGAAAGGGGAUGGGGCCUUUGGCUUGAGGUCCCUCAGACCCUUGAAUGAGCGAGGGAGAUUCCUCAGUCAUGGUGGAGAGGACAAGGCAUCACCAUCCAACGAGAACAAGAGUGAGCCCCUGAGGCCCAUUGGCUUGAAGAGCUUCCCUCCAAAACCCAAACAGGAAGAGACCUCUGCUCCUCCCUCAGGGACCAGCAAUGUCCUGAAGCUGCAGAACCAGUUCCUUAAAAAAGCGCACAGUCAAGAGACUGAGGAGGGACCAAAGGAUCGAAACGCCCCCAAACGGAGACCCCUGCCUGCUCCAUGGACCCUGGGGGCCCCACCUCAAAAACCCAACAGACCUCCUUCAGUGAAUUUGGACCUUUUCUGCCAUCCCCAGGAGAAGCAGCUCCCAGCACCACCAGUUUCUAAUCGUCUUGCCAAUAAGCCACUGCCUACGCCUGGUCCCGCAGCACCCAGUCUGCCCCCUCGGCCUCCGAUCAGCAAACCUCCUGAGAUCAUCCCAACAACAGAAGAGGAAGAGGACGAGAACUAUGAUGAUGUCCAAAGUGUUGGACAGCUGCCACCGCCUCUUCCACCAAUGAAACCCGAAGAUCGCAAGAUUCCGGGAGCUUCCAUCAAUUCUGAGGAGAAAAAUGAAUCGGAUGGAGAAAUGUAUGAAGAUCUGGACAACUACAGAUCGCUGAAGGAACUCAAGGAGCAAGAGAAGAAAAGGGAGAAGGAAGAGAAACGACGACAAGAACAAGAGAGAAAAGAGCAGAAAGAGAAAGAGAAAAGAGAGCAGGAAAUGAGAAAAAAGUUCAAGCUCUCCGGGCCAAUUGAGGUCAUCCAUACUGUGAAGGUCACAAUGGAUUACAAAGGUGGAAAGAAUGAACUGUCGUGUAAACAGGGCGAGUGCUUGGAGGUCAUCCGCAUCACCGACAACCCUGAAGGCAAAUGGCUGGCCAGGACAUUAGAUGGUUCCUAUGGGUACAUUAAAGUAACGUGUGUUGAUAUAAACUAUGAUGAGAUAAGGAAGAAAACAGCUAACAUGCCUGUCAUAAAGCAACCAGCCCAAGACCAGGAACUCUAUGACGAUGUUGCACCAAAUGAUGACAUAGGGAAUGGGAGCAGCAACACAGCGGGAAGUGGGAUCUUUCCUCCUCCUCCUUCCAGUGAUGAUAUCUACGAUGAUGUUGAUGAUAUACCUGAAGACAUGAAGCCUCGCCCUGCGUCACAGGAUGCCUCAAAGACUGGGUCCUGGUCCUGGGGACUCCUGAAGAAGAUGAAGCUGGAGAAAGAUGACAAAGACAAAAAGGCGAGAGAAAAGCAUAACAGUGACGCUCAGGGUGAAAGCGGUGAACGGCAACUCCCGUCUAUUCCUCCACCUGCAGAGCUUCCAACAGAGGGGGAGGAAGUUUAUGAUGAUGUUGGCGCUGAAGAUUUCCCUCCACCACCUCCUGAAUCAAGUUUGCCAAAGUCCUCAAAACUACCAGCAAUUGCAAAAGCCAAAAAGGAUGAAAGGGAUCCCAAAAGAAACAAAAGGAUGGAGAAAGAGGAAAAAGACUUCAGGAAAAAAUUUAAAUACGAUGGAGAAAUACGAGUUCUUGGAACUGUUGAGGUUGUCCAGAACUUAACUGUAAAGAAGUGGACCAACCGUGAGCUGCCAGUGAAAGCAGGCGAAGUGUUAGACAUUAUACAGCACACCGAUGACACAAAAGUGCUUUGUCGGAAUGAAGAAGGGAAAUUUGGAUAUGUUCAAAAAAUCAACUUAGCAUUAGGAACCAAAGAAGGGGAUGGUGAGAUCUAUGAUGAUAUUGAUACAGAAUGCAUCUAUGAUAACGACUGACCACAACUCAAAAGGAAUUGUAAGGAGCUCCGAGAAAUCAGCUCACUCACACCUCCUUCCUAUUGUGCUGUUUAAUCCACAAUUUGCAUGCUGCAAAGAAACCCGCAAACUCUUCCGCUAUGGACAUGUUGCUUCUCAAAGACUAACUGAAAACUGAUCCCUCCACCUGCACAGGGAUGAGUCCAGAAAACAAAUGAUGAUGUUGCAUUAUGCAACAUGUUUGAUAUUUGAAAAGAUUAUUUUUUUCUCAAACCAUCUGAACCAUGGAUUUCGUUUGGAAAUAAGAAUUAUUUAUAUGAAUGUGACCAUUUGAACUAAUCCAAUAAUAAUGAAUAUCUUUGGACAUAAGAGAGAUUUUUUUGUUAUUUUUCAUCCUGAGAAUAAUGUUUUGUACACUUGAUUUGGUACGUUACUGCUGUUUAACUAUUCCUCGGUUCCAAUGAGUAAAAUAUACAAAUGUGUGAGAAAUGUAUCCUACUUUUGUAGGCAUUGAGUUAAAUAUCUUCUCAUUCCAUGUUGAAUUCUUUCUCAGUUUGUGAAUGGUUGCUUCGUGUUGGGCAGCGGAUGACCUGUUUUCUGUGUG